UGUGAGAAUCUCAGUGUAGUAUCGCCAGGACUAAUGGGAAACUCGCAGAGCACCACUGUGGAUGAUCUACAGGCUGUGGAGCUCCACCACUGGUAUAAGAAGUUUAUGACUGAAUGCCCAUCAGGCCAACUGACUUUGCAUGAGUUCAAGCAGUUCUUCGGCCUUAGGGGAUUGAGCCUGGAAGCCAAUGCCUACAUUGAACAGAUGUUUAAAACUUUCGAUAUGAAUAAGGAUGGUUACAUUGAUUUCAUGGAGUACGUGGCUGCCCUUAGCUUGGUCCUCCGAGGCAAGAUGGAACAGAAACUACGCUGGUACUUUAAGCUCUAUGAUGUGGAUGGUAAUGGAUGCAUUGAUAGGCAUGAAUUGCUGAACAUCAUUAAGGCAAUGCGUGCCAUUAAUGGUACUCACCAGGAUCAAUCAGUAGAGGACUUCACAAACCGAGUCUUUGACAAAAUUGACAUCAAUGGAGAUGGGGAACUUUCCCUUCCAGAGUUUGUAGAAGGAGCCAAGAAAGAUAACGAGUUUUGUGAGGUGAUGAUGAAGAGUCUUGAUCUCAAUCACAUUGUGGCAAUGAUUCAUAAUCGAAGGCACAGUGUGUGAAGUGGAGGAGACAGACAGGACAUCAGGCAUCAACAAAUCAGCGCAUCAGCUGAGAACCUAGUUUCUACUCAAAUACUGUUACCUGGGAGCCAAAAGAAUAAAAAAGACUCUCAAAAUGUCACACAAUUAUACCUGAAGCUUUCUCUUACAUAUAUACAGUAAUUGGGCAGAAUAAAAAGGUACUGACUCCAGCACUGAUGAAUCAAUUAAUCUUUAAACAUGAAAAUCAUGCUGUUAAACUAACAUGUCGAAGGAAGUUCUGUGUACAACAUGCUUUCUGAAACAAAACUAAAGAACAAAUCCCAUAGGGUGACCUAGUCUGCAGCCAUUGGCAGUGUGACUGCUAAAAUUAUUGCUACUAUUCUUGACCUCCUGUAAUAAGAUGGAAUGAGAGGUGAUGUUAGGUUUGCUACUCAGUGACCUUACAAUAGAUCGUUGUCAUUUAUAAUGCUCCGACUGUACAGUGAAUGGUAGCAGCCACUCCCUGGAUAUAUUAAUCGUAAUGGUUAAUUUGACAACACAGCAACACCACUUCUAAAAUCAGACAUGUUCCAUUUUGAAGACCGUGAAAAAUGUUUACAACAAGUAGCUCACUCAAAUUCACACAGUACUGCGUAUGGCUCAUUUCUGUGAACUGAAGAAACUGAUAAAUAAUAAAAACAAAAAACGUUGGAGUCGUUCAGCAGAUCAGGCAGCAUUGUGGAAAGAAAAUAAUAUUUCAGGUUGAAAAAUAAUCAUACUUUGUAGUUGGAAUAUUUUUAUUUCAUUUUGAUGAAGCAGAUGAAUUUACUAACAUUUAACAUAUGGAUGUGGGAAUUGAUUCACUGUCAUAUACAGCUUUGUUUUCAUCUGUGCAUAUUGUUUAGCCUUGAAUGUGAAGUAGUCCACUCUCUGCUUCAUUACCGCACCAUGUGCUUCAGGCCAUAGUUUAAUGAAGUCAAGAUGUUAAAACUUACAGAUAUUCUCUUUUCUUUGUGACUACAAUACUGGAAAUCAUAGAGUUUUACAUGGCCAUCACAUCUUUCACAAAAUCAUCAAAAGCCAUGUUUCAACUCUCAUAGAACUCUGCAAAUUAAAUUAAUUACUAGCAUCACUUGAUGACUGAUGUAUUCUGUUAAUGUGGAAACGUCCAAGUUAAUGUGCCUUUUUAGCAUUUUAAGGAGAAGUAUUUGUAAGAUGUUAUGUUGAGCAGUUCUGCAUACUGAUGUAAAUAAAUAUUUUUUUU